AUGAGGAAAUGCAGCCCCUGGACGUUUCUUCCUAUUAUGUUUUCGUUCUUCACAGCAGCAGGCUUGUGGGUUGUGUAUUUUAUAGCAGUGGAGGAUGAGAAAAUCACACCACUCAGUGCUGAAUAUAAGAGAUCAGUGUCCAAGUCCCCUCCAUACAUCAGCAUUGCAGGUGAUGCUCCACCAGCCAGCUGUGUUUUUAGCCAAGUCAUGAACAUGGCAGCUUUUGUGGGCUUUAUCCUUGGUGUUCUGAGAUACUUGCAGCUAAAGCCAAGAGUGCACAAACCCUGGCUCAACAUCGGGAGUCUGGUAGCUCUGUCCUUGGCCUGCUUUGGUAUGACCUUAGUUGGGAAUUUCCAGCUGUCAAAUGAUGAGGAGCUCCACAAUAUUGGAACAUCCAUGACUUUCGGCCUGGGCACACUAUUCUGUUGGGUCCAGUCAUUUAUAACACUGAAGGUCAAUUUGCGAAAUGAAGGCAGACGAGCUGGAAUUCCUCGUUUCCUGUUGUCUGGAGCAGUGACUUCCUGCAUGCUGCUUUACUUCGCUCUAAUGGCCCAACGCCUGCACAUGCACGCUGCUCGGGCACAGUGGGCGCUGGUCAUGUUCUACUUGACAUUCCUGGGCACGUUUGCUAUUGAAUUCCGACAUUACCACUUUGAGAUAGUGUGCAGCGACGACCAGGAGCCUCCAAUGAGCCUGUCGGAGAGCUUCUCUGAGGUUUCAGAAUACCAGUCGGACCAACUAUAGGA